CCUUUAUAGAAAUGACAGCCACUCAAUUCAAUUCUAUUUGAUUUCUAUAGACACUAUGGUCGUGUGUCCACGGUGAACACAGAGUAAAGGCAAGAGACUCAGGUGCCGGAGGGAGAGACCAAGUCUGGAUUGGACUGAGCAUUUGGAUACUGGUACUGGUUUUGGAGACUGGUGGUGGUGAACGGGGUGAGCCAGACCAAUGGGGAACAAGACACAGAGGACACUGAGCUCAUGGCCAUUUACACUAAAGAGAACCAGGCUACCGACAAGUGCUCCAUGUCAGACACGGUGGACAGUGCGGAGAGCCUUGAUGCGCGGAGAAUGGACAUGAUCUACACUAUAGAGGACACGCCUCCCUGGUACUUGUGUAUCUUCCUGGGUUUGCAGCACUACCUGACCUGUUUCAGCGGCACUAUUGCGGUGCCCUUCUUGCUGGCUGAUGCCAUGUGUGUGGGUUUCGACCAGUGGGCCACCAGCCAGCUCAUUGGCACCAUCUUCUUCUGUGUGGGCAUCACCACCCUCCUGCAAACCACCUUCGGCUGCCGUCUGCCUCUCUUCCAGGCCAGUGCGUUUGCCUUCCUGGCCCCUGCCAGAGCCAUUCUGUCCCUGGAUAAGUGGAAGUGCAACGCUACAGAUAUUCCAGCUGCCAACAGCACAGAGCUCCUUCACACAGAACACAUCUGGCAUCCACGGAUACGAGAGAUCCAGGGAGCGAUCAUCGUCGCCUCUCUGAUAGAGGUGUGCAUCGGUGCGUUGGGCUUGCCGGGGGUGUUGCUGAAGUUCAUCGGCCCCCUCACCAUCACGCCCACCGUGGCCCUCAUCGGCCUGUCCGGCUUCCAGGCCGCCGGGGAACGUGCCGGAAAGCACUGGGGCAUCGCCAUGCUGACCAUCUUCCUGGUGCUGCUGUUCUCCCAGUACGCUCGUAACGUCCAGCUGCCUCUGCCCGUCUACAAGGCUAAGAAGGGCUGGACCACUUAUCGGCUGCAGCUCUUCAAGAUGUUCCCUAUUAUCAUGGCCAUCAUGGUGUCGUGGUUCAUGUGCUUCAUCUUCACCAUCACAGACGUGUUUCCACCCGACAGUGACAAGUACGGUUUCUACGCCCGCACCGAUGCCCGCCACGGAGUACUGGCAGCUGCCCCCUGGUUCAAAAUACCCUACCCCUUUCAGUGGGGCUGGCCCACAGUGACAGUGGCGGGCGUGAUCGGGAUGAUGAGUGCUGUGGUGGCCAGCAUCAUCGAGUCCAUUGGAGAUUACUAUGCCUGUGCAAGACUGUCAUGUGCUCCUCCACCUCCUAUACAUGCCAUCAACAGGGGGAUCUUCAUGGAAGGGCUGUCCUGCGUCGUGGACGGCGUGUUUGGCACGGGCAACGGUUCUACCUCCUCCAGCCCAAACAUUGGAGUGUUGGGCCUCACUAAGGUGGGCAGCAGGCGUGUGAUCCAGUACGGCGCGGCCAUCAUGCUCCUGCUGGGCCUGGUGGGGAAGUUCAGCGCACUGUUCGCCUCUCUGCCUGACCCCGUGCUGGGGGCGCUGUUCUGCACCCUCUUCGGCAUGAUCACCGCCGUCGGCCUCUCCAACCUGCAGUUCGUCGACCUCAACUCCUCCAGGAACCUCUUCGUCCUCGGCUUCUCCAUCUUCUUCGGCCUGGUCCUGCCCAGCUACCUCAAAACCAACCCCCUAGUCACCGGUAUAGUGGAGAUUGACCAGGUGUUGAACGUGCUUCUGACCACGGCCAUGUUUGUGGGGGGCUCUGUGGCCUUCAUUCUCGACAACACUAUUCCAGGUUCUUUGGAGGAGCGUGGGAUCCGUAAGCUGAAGCGUGGAGUGGGUCCGAGCGCGUCCGAGGCGGAGGGGCUGCGAUCCUAUGACCUCCCGAUCGGCAUGGACUUCCUGCGCCGGCACAAGGUCUUCCAGUACCUGCCCAUCAGCCCUACUUUCGCGGGCUACCAGUGGGGGGCGCUGCGCUCCCGCUGCAAGGGCCGAGGCCCGCGCGAGGAGGCCGUCGCCACGGCAGCAGCAGACGAGAGCGGCGUAUAGCGGGCGGGGAGAUGCGGAGAGGUGACACCCUUCACCCCCGCGUCAACAUCAUGGAACAUUCCCCCCAACCCUAAUUGCUCUCUUUAUUUAUGUAACACCUGUGCCCUUUCGCCCCUUUCCACACACACACACACACAUGCUCUCACACACACACACACACACACACACACACACACACGAACACACAAGACCGCCGUCAAGUGCUUCAGUCCUGCUGUCAGUCUGAAAGGACCUGUGUGUAGCACUGAGCAGCUGCUGUAAGCUAAAAACUCAACGGCACACUUUUUUUUGGACCUUUUCUGUUGCUGUAGUGUUGUCUCCUCUGUGUUUACCCCAUUCGAAAAGAGAUGGGACUCUGUUGCAGGGGGGACCUUUUUUCUGGUUGCACCGCUGUCAUUGUGUGACUGUGGCAUCACCUGUUGCUAUGCUAGCAUGUUAGCACUCCCUCCAAGGACCUUAUGCAGGCCUCAAUGCCCCCGUCCCCCUGUUCGCCUCUGCCUCUCCUCAGAGCUGUGGUCUGGUCCCAGUCCCUCUCUCAGUGGACCCCCCCCCCCCCCCAGACUGCUGCACCAGACUCCACAUGCUCCUACAGAGACUGAGGAAUCGACAAACUCCAAACUCACCACACACCCUCCCUCAGUUACUUUUCUCUCUCUCUCUCUCUCAAACGGAACUGUGAGCAGCGACAUGGAUCCAGAUCUGGGCCCCGCCUCCAGCAGCUCAUGUCCACAACAACGCUUGAUUUGGAUCGUCUCCAUGGCAAUGCUGCAGGGGCUGUGAUGGGAUGUUCAUGUGGGUGUGGGUGUAUGUGAUGGUUGGACAGACUCCGAUGGAUAGACAACCCCGUCUCAGCGAAAAGUUUCAAAGCCGUAUCCACCUGACCCUACCAAAAAACAGUUAUACAGAUAAGACAUCAGAUAAUUCACUAUUCGGUCCAAGGUCCCCCUCUAGCCAACAAUAAUGUCCUGGUGUGUGCACUGAAUUAUGGGAAAUGUAGUUCACAUGGGGACAUACAGUAGAUGGCGUUUGGUUAAAAGUCAGACAAAUACUAAUGGAAAAUGCAUGUACAGCACCAACGCGCUUACUUCCUCACUCACUCACACGCACUUACGCACACGUACACACACACACACACACACACACACACACUACACAAAGCACAGAAACUCACACUACACCAACCACACAAACAUGUAGAGCUUAAAUGCAUGCUCCUGGACAGACGCUCCAGCUAAUGCAAGUGGCUUGUGGAUAAUGACCUUAGUAAUGCACAGUGAUUUGUGAUAGUUUUGCACUACCUGUUAAUGCAAGAGCCCGUGCAUAGAGUGACAUGCUUAGCUCCCUUCUCCCUGGUAGUGUUGUUUUGGUCCUAUGACUCCUCCAGUAUACCCCCCCCCCCCACACACACACACACACACACACACACACACACACACACACACAAACAUGUCUACACACAUCUGCUGGGACUCAAGGAGUGACUACAUCUUCGUCAUUGGAACAAUCACGCACGCUCAUGACAAUGCUGAUCACUUGUGCUGGAUUGGUUCUCUUGGUUUGAGAGUGACGCCAGAACCCCUCUGAUGUCCGUGUUGUACGGUGUCAGCGUGUGGUUAGCAGGAGAGACGCUAGCGCUUCAGGUGUUGGUGUGAGGUUAGCAGGAGAGACGCUAGGUGCUAGACACUAGGGCUUCAGGUGUCGGUGUGUGGUUAGUUAAAGAAGGAAGAGCUCGGAAGUGGUAGGGAAGGACGGAUCCCAGAAAAUCAGUGUGAUGCUGCUGACAUGCUGAGAUCACGGCUUCCUGUAGGUCAAACUGGGCUUUCCUGUGCGUCUAUGAGGCAAACCCGUGGGCUCUCUCCCAUUAUACUGUUAACUCCCACUAAAUCCAGACGUUACACCAAUUCCCAGCAUGCAUCUGUUGAAAGCAAACGUGUAUAAUACCCUGCAGGAGAUUACUUUUCUGACUCUGGAUGCAGAUGUGGUCCGGACCUGCUUUCAAACUUGGGAUGGUGCCAUGGCAACCCCAGAGCUAUAAAAAAAUAUGUAAGGUGCGAUUACCGAUUAUAGGGAGCAGGGAUCUCACCAAGAGAAUAAAACUCCUGUCUUGGUUAAGAACGGGGGCAUGCAGGAGUUUGUGCAUUGGCCUCACUACAAACAGCCCACUUGGUUGUAAAGCCAUUUGAUGUCAUUGAUUAUUCAUCAGUAUUAUUACUGUCAUGGCUGUCCAUGGUCAUACAGUUGGCUUUCAUAACUCCUUUUGUAGGGAUCGAUAGUGAGGGGUGACUUGAACCUAGGCAUCUCCGUUACAUUCUUUCUUUUUCCAGUCUCUCUUUCCCUCCAACUCUCCAUGUCUCUGUCCCCAUGUUGGGCGAAGGGGCUUCACUGAAGAGGCCUUUGCGGCGUAGUUGACAUUGUAAUCGUGACCAAAUGACUCACAGCAGUGACGUCGCCCGUGUUGUGGCCCCAAGUCAAAGGUGAAAUCAUUUUUGUUGUUGUUUUUUGUUUUUAUUUAUUUAUUUAUGUUUUUAGAUUGUAAAUGUGAAUGUUUGUCAGCGCUACAUGCUGGGAGGGUUUUUGGAGAAGCGCCUCCAGGAGUGUGAAGCCGUUUAGGACUGUGCGUCCAGAAGAGCAGAUACCCUGUUGUGCGUAUCGUCAUGGACUGGACCUAUGAAGACAAACAUCUGUACUGUCUGAAUACUGAAAAACAGGUGCUUUAAACAAACAGGCAUUCCAAAAAUAGCUUAAAACUAGAUGGAAAAACACCAGUGGAUGAUGACACCAGCUGUAGCUGUUACAGCACCUAUAGCAACUUUUACCACAAGGGGGCAGCAACUUCCUUCAGUACUGCUGGAAGCUGAUGCUCCUGUUCAUGUUCAAGUCCAAUUUGUGUGCAGCAAAGAAUAUCAUGCAAGUUCAAAGUGUCUUUAUUGCGAGAAAUGCAGCAUCACGUGAACAAUUUAGUUUUUUUUAUUAUUUGUUUUUUUUUUACAUUGGCGAAGGUAGAGAUGUUGUGGCAGUAUUUUGGACCUGAAAAUCCACUGUUGGUGGUGCAGCCCAACUCUGAGCUGAAGCCAGAUUGCCUCCAUGCAGCCCACAGGCCUGGGCGUGCUGGCAGCUGUGCAGUGGUGCUGGGUGCCUUGCCUACACACAGCUAACGCAUUCACAGAGCUGCAGCGAAAGCCUUUAAGCUCAGUGUUUGUUUGUUUGUUUGUUUGUUUAUGCUUUUGGUUUUGCUUCUUGUCUUGUGAGGGGGGGUGGGAAUGGGGGCGGGAAACACGGCAGGCACUUUGAAUAGACACCUCUGUUGAGAGAGGUCCUUGGGUCAUGCACAGAGAGAGAGGGAUGGAUGAAGCCCCUUGCGUAAUACGCACUAAUGCAAUGUCCCUGCAACUCUCGUUUCUCGUGAAUGCAACUCUGUAAAGUACGGUGUACCCAUGUUUCCAGUGCCAAUAAAUCCUCCUACACACACACACACACACACACACUCUUUCUCUCUCUUUCUCUCUCUCUCUCUACUACACACUUCCCAUCCCUUUACCUCGCCCUCCAUGCUUAGACUAAUGCCCACAUCUUCGUCAACCCGUUGUAUUUCUCUCUUUUUUACUCUGUUAUUGGAAGUGUCGAUGUUGAUAUCACUAGAUGCAGAAUUGUAAUUGUGACAGGCCUGCCUUGGUAAGACUCAUCACCUGCUGUGAACAGCACCUGGAUCCCAUGGCCAGUGUCUCUCUUUCUCUAUCUCUUUCUUUCUCUCUCUCUCUCUCUCUCUCUCUUCUCUGUCCCUCUCUCUCUCUGUCCCUCUCUCUCUCUCUCUCUCUCUCUCUCUCUCUCUUUCUCUGUCCCUCUCUCUCUCUCUCUCUCUCUCUCUCUCUCUCUCUCCCCCCCACCCCACAGGGACCGAGGGGAGUGAUGGUCCUCCUUACUCCCCACUCUUCAUGCCCCUUCACAAAACUGGUGACACACAGUUUCAGAAGUUCUUUCUGAGGCUCCUAAAACCUAAAACUUUAGUUUUGGGGUCACGGGUCAAAGUUCACAGUUGGUGAUGGGUCUUGGUAAGGUCGCCACCAGGAGGAGACUCAGACUAGAAGGACCCUUCAGUUUUCAUGAGGGGGAAGAUUAACAGAAAAAUAUACUUUUGUCUAUUGUGUGUUUUGGAAAUCUUUUCAAUGUUUUAUCUCGUUUUUAUAUAUAUAUAUAGGCAUAUAUAAAAAUAUACAUUGUUUUUAUGUUUUUACAGACAAAGAGAUGUUUGUAAGAGAGAAAUCAUGCAUCUGAUCUUAAUUCAUUGAGCUGCAAACCGCACCAGUUUUGUUACAUUUUUAUUUAAGUAAAAAAAAUAAAAGCUUUUGUUCUUUUUUCCUUUUGAAAAUCAGUAAAAUGGUGGAAAACUUUUUGUUAGCUAGAAUGUUUUCAUAUUGUAUUUUUCUAACAUUGCUUCCUGUCUCAUGUUAAUACUAGUCCAACAAAGAGAAAAAGAGAUGUAUAAAUAUAUCUAUAUUGAAUUGAGUACAGAGUGUUGCAUCCUGGACCAGGCCUUGUGGAUACUAAUAGUAGCAACAAAUGUUUUAUUCCUUGUUCCUAUUCCUGUUUAAUAAGAUGUCACUGAAUGAA